AUGACGGAUUCACUCGUUGUGCCGGUGCUGAACGAUAAUCUAGCAGGUGCAGUUCAGGAUAAUCCUCCUAAAAGUUUUUUUCGCAUAUUUCAACAACUUCAAUCUUUAGAUUUUGUGGAAGACUUUUUAUUAACUGGCUUCGUAAACGAGAGAGAUAAAGAAGCGAUAUUUCAACCAUUGAAUGAUAUCACACUUGGCAACACUUUUAGCAUUGAUAAUAUCAGUCAACAAAUCGCUGCUUAUUCUGUCGAACAACAGCCCCGAGAACAGCAAGAAUUAUUAUCAACAUCAGCAAAAAUUCUAGACGAUGACUGGAAGCGAUCAGAGACCAUACCCGAUAUUCGUCAUUUAAUACCUGAGGGUUGGCAUGCCUAUGUCCGUGUUAGUCGCAUAUUGGCGAAAAAAAUUACUAAUAUGCUCUUUCUCCAUCCAUAUAAUCUAGAUUUCAAUGAUGUAAAGGUGAAGAUGAGUCAUAGCUCUUUAUACGAUCCGUUAGAUCAAGCAGAAAUGCAGCAUGGUUUAAAAAAGUUUUCAAAAUUAAUUAUGAGUCGAAUGAAACAGAAUUUAUUGCCCAAUCAAUUAUUGUCAUACUCACCGAAUGAAAUUGUAUCAACACAUACACUACCAUGUAACAAUGAUCAACCGAAAAAGUUAAUUGAAGAUCUCAGUUUAAAAACCUGUCUACUGGCAUUUGAUAUUGUGCUCGAGACUCCGGAUGGUUUAUAUUAUCCAACUGGUAUUAGCUGCGUCUCUCAUGAGAUACUUGAAUGUAAGCAGAAUGAAUAA